AUGAAUAGAAUACAUUCGUCCAUAUUAGCCCUCGUCAUGUGCAUUUUUCUGAUACAGGCCACCGAUCCGCCCUACGAGAAACCCACUGGAAAUUUCGUCAAUUUCUUCCGAAUGAAAAUGCCGGCGGUGAUUUUCGCGCCUUUCCUCACCGACGAAGCGGAAAGGAAGACCAUAUCAGACAGGCAAUUUCUCAGCACUGAAUUACAACCCCCGACGAUGGACCCCCAGGAGCUGCGGCCACCAGAACUCGACAACUUCAACAACAAUUACAAUAACAACAACAAUAACAACAACAACGGCAACAAUAACAACAACCCCGGAGUGUAUUCUACAUUGCAGGAUUACGAUUACGUCAGUAGUCAAGAUAAUCCUACUGAUAAUUUGAAACUGCCACUAUACCCUCCGAUACAUCCGGCGCCUGCUACUAGUCCUGGUGCGAAUACAAACGAGAAUAUUGGCGAAGUUUCGAAUUGGUCGGAUGACUCACCGAAAAACUCCAGCGAGGAAAGAUUGCCCAACAAGUACGAGGAAUUAAUCGAGCAGGAUUUUAUUAAACCUCUUUUGAAACUCUACGAGAAAGUCAUCCAUCAAGACGACAAUUCCUCGCAAGUUGCACAGAAUUCGACGGACUACAACAGAAAGGAAUCUUCGCAGUUAAAUGCUAUAAACAGCCUUAUCAAAAGUCCUCUCAGAAGGGACGAUGUAGACGUUGUAGAGAACCACAGGAAAGAGCACAUUGGCGAAAUUCUGCCGGUAGACCCGCGACAUAAUUUCAUCCAACACAGACUAUCAAGAACAAACGAAUAUACUCACGGGGUUCCCAUCGUCUUUCCCUCGGAAGUAGCUCCUGAAAUCGAGGGCUUCAGGGGCUCCCGCUCGGGGCUUACAUUCUUAGAGCACUUUCGCGUGCCCAGGAGGUACAAUAAGUACAGAGAGGUGUUCUUCGAUCCUUCGGCUAGGUACCAAACGGCUUGGUCGCCCAGGAGGCCCAGGGUGAUAUUUCCGACGGAUCAAGUAGCCUUUAGGGAUCCGGUGCAGAGCCAGGAACUGGAUGCCGAAUGGUUAGCUGGUGAUAACAGCUUGCAGGAUUUGCAGGAGCAAGACGUCAGAGAUAGAGGCAUGCAGGUGACCUGCGCGCCGGGCGCAACUUGCGAAUUUUUUAUUACCUGCUGGUUAUCGGGAGGUUUGCUGGACCAGCAAUGCGACGGUUUGUUUCGAGGAUGCUGUUUCAGAGGCAGAGUCGCCAAGAUUGGACGAAACGGAUAUCCGACCGUUGGGACUAUCGAAGCGCCUCCCGAAACAGCUAAAAAUCAGAUCGGUACCAACGAUCUGGACCUUCGAUGUGGUGUUUCCUCUCAAAGACAAGCACAAAGGAGGAUUGUCGGUGGAGAAGAAGCAGGAUUUGGAACGUUCCCAUGGCAAGCUUACAUUCGAAUAGGAUCUUCAAGGUGUGGAGGAUCUCUGGUUAGCAGGAAGCAUGUGGUAACAGCUGGACAUUGCGUAGCAAGAGCAACGCCGAGACAGGUUCAUGUCACCCUGGGCGAUUAUGUUAUCAAUUCGGCGGUGGAGCCUCUUCCUGCUUACACCUUCGGAGUCGUGAACAUUCAGGUCCACCCGUACUUCAAAUUCACCCCCCAAGCGGACCGGUUCGACGUGGCGGUGCUCCGGCUGGACCGCGCCGCUCACAAUUUACCCCACAUCGUGCCCAUCUGCCUGCCCCCGCACGGCGAAAACUUCCUCGGCGAGGCCGGAGUCGCCGCCGGCUGGGGCGCCCUCAGCCCGGGCUCCAGGCUCCGGCCCCAAACCCUCCAAGCCGUCAAAGUGCCCGUGAUAGACAACAAGCAGUGCGAGAGGUGGCACAGGUCGAAGGGCAUCUCGGUGACGAUCUACGACGAGAUGAUGUGCGCCGGGUACAAGAACGGCGGCCGCGACAGCUGCCAGGGCGACUCCGGCGGGCCGUUGAUGCUGCAAAAGGCCGGCAGAUGGUUCCUCAUCGGCAUCGUUUCGGCGGGAUACUCUUGCGCGCAACCCGGACAACCCGGAAUCUAUCACAGGGUCGCGCAUACGGUCGAUUGGAUUAGCAGGGCGAUCGGGAGUUAA